AUGAAAUUAAAUUGUAAAGAAAAAAAAGCACUUUUGGAGAAUCUCACAAACAGGAUGUUAAAAAUAGAACAUGCUAUAGGUAGCAUAAAAUUUUAUGAAAAAGGGAAUAAUGCAAAAAAGUUUCCUGAUGAUGAGAAAUUUGCGAAUGAUGAAAAAACGUUCGAAAAUGGAGACAGUGAAUAUUUAAAUAGAUCACAUGCUAGUUCUGAUAAUGGUAAAAAUGAUGACAUUGAACCAAGUAGAGAAGAUGAAAAGGACUUCAAUGAGAUAAAGUCACGCUUGGAAAAUGUAUCUCAAGACCUCACAGGUAUCCACAAGGAUGAAAUUAUAGAAACGAUUAAAAAGCAUGGGCACCAAAACAGUAUGGCAGUACAUAUAUGCACCAUCAAAUUGAUCCUUCAACAGAUAGCGAAGGAGUUCCUCCAUGAUAUUUACAACCAAUACAACGAGUUUUACAUCUACAUUCACAGCAACAGUAUUCUAGAUGUAUACAACACGUUUGAAUACAAGCGAAACAUUAUAUUAUCCCACCUGGAUUUUAUGAAAAGUUACAGUAAUCAAAUUCAAAAAAUUGUGGAAUUAAAGGAGCAUAUAAAUAGUCAUAAAAUGUCAGAAACAGAACUAUAUUUAGAGAGGUUAAACAAAAUUGAGCAAAAAAAUGAAGUCCUGUUUUCAAGAAUUUCUUCAUUGAACUCCUGCAUGGAGGAUGUGGCAUACAAGUACUCCUUGAUGUUGCAGGCGGCGUCUCUAAUUAUCUCAAGGCAGAAGACAAACAUAUCAUAA